AUGGAGGAGGACGAAACUGCAGACCACGUUAUCUAUGUAGUUACACUUUUCUACCCACCAAAAGGUGGAGCGACAACCUUGAAGCAGGAUAGGAGGCAAGGAUGUCGGCGCACGCCUAAUACGAAGAAAAAGAAGAAGAAGGUUGAUAACAACCAUUGGAUUGGUAGCCAAACAAAAGAGAAGAAGGUUUUCUGGAUUUUCGUAAUGUUAUUUGUUGUAUCAAGUUGCCAGUAUCCUAAAUCUCGGGAAAACAAUUACCCGAAGUUUCCAAAUUACAGAGAAACCAAAAUUGUGAAGCAAGAAAGUAACAUAGGACUCCCAAAUUACAAUUUCUCUUAUGAAACAAGCGAUGGAUCUCGAAGAGAAGAAGCGGCAGUACUCAAAGAUACCGGUAAUAAAAAAGAAGCGGUACUGGCUGUUAGCGGUUCAUAUACUUACGUAGGUACAGACGGUGUGACUUAUAAAAUUACCUACGUUGCCGACGAGAAUGGUUACAGGGCCUCCGGAGAACAUUUGCCAACAAAUAAACAAUAGUACAGUUUAUGUCAAAUUUUAUUUAUUUUUAUUAAGUAAUAAAGAGUUGAGCAAAUAA